GCGUGCGUUAAUCAGUGAAAUUCUGGGCGAGGCAGUUCGUCAAAGGGAGGACAAAUUGCUGAACUUUUCUUCGUGAAUUCCAGCAAAAAAUCGUCAAAAUGAGUGACGAAAAACCAUUUUAUGAGCCUGAAGAUGCUGAGGAGGACACAAAACCCAAAUUUGAACUGUACAUUAAGGCUUCAAGCAUUGAUGGAGAAAUGAAAGGAUCUUGUCCAAUCUGCCAACAGUGGUUCAUGAUUGCCUAUCUCUUGGCUGAACAGAAGAAUGCAAGCUUUAAAGUUUUCACAGUUCAGGCAAAUAACCCACCUCAGACAUUCAAAGACAAGGUCCAAAGCAAAAUAUUUCCAGUAGUGAUUGGAACAAGUGGGCAGAAUGUCAAUGGCCAGGAUAUAACUGGCAUCGUGUAUGACAAUUAUGAUGAUGUGGAAAAAUUCUUUGAGAGUAUAAAUUUUAACUGCCCUAAACUGAAGAGAACGCAACAGGCCAAUAUUGCUAGUCUGAAAAUAUUUGAGGAUUUAUAUAAGAAUUUCAACUUAUUCUUACAAAACCCUAGUUCUGAUGGGAAGAAGCUACUGCACGACCUUAGGAAUUUGAAUAGUCAUUUGGAGAUGAACGAGACCCCAUUCUUGACAGGAUCAACCCUGGCUUAUGCUGACUGCGUUUUACUGCCAAAACUACAGCACAUACGGAUGGCGGGAGAGCAAUACAGGGACUUUAAAAUCCCAGAAGAGUUGACCGCCAUUUGGGAUUACCUGGAACGUGGAUACCAGACCACAGCAUUCAGUGCCACUCUUCCUUCAGAUCAGGACAUCGUCAAACACUACGAGAUGAGGGCUGCUGGGAAAGGCAUCAAGGGACGACCCACAUUACAGAAACAGACAUAUACAAUGACUGUCCCAAAACGUGUACCCACAACAACAGUCAAUGGGGGUGGGGAAGGAGAGGGAUCUAAUGGUAUGGAUGAUGGCGGGGAAUAAAGGAAAUGUUGUACUGCUUAUGUGAUAUAGAACAUGUAUAUCUGCAUGGUGCAUUAAUUAUUAUGGAUGGUUUCAAACUUCUAGCCUUAUGCAAGUUGGAGUUGGUGACAGGGAUGUGCUAGAUGUUUGGGACGUUCCCUUAUAUAUGAUGCAAAACAAAAAGAUAAACUGACCAAUCAGGAAGCUUUUGCAUGUAAAGCCAUUCCUGGGGAAUAUGUGGCACAUUUAAAAAUAAUUGUGUUGUGUUUAAGAACAGAAAAAGAAUUUUAUUUAUAUUUUUGCUAUAAAUUCACAUUUAUGCAUCAUGAUUGUGCAUUUUUGUAACACAGGUUGAAUUUGUUUGCUUUUAUUAGCAAAAAAAAAUAUAUGUAUACUGUAAAAUUGAUUUUAUUAUUUUUAAUGGGACACUUUCCUGCAUAGUGAGGUGUAUAUUUUUAUGUUGAAAUUUGUUGGGUGGUCAAUGCAAGGCAGUUAUGAAUAUUCUGUUAAGUUUGUCAGCUACGUUAUUAUUAUUUACUCUGCAAUGUUGUAUGAUUUUUUUUUUUUGCUUGUCUUUGUCAACUUCUGGUCAUUUUUUUUUUUAAAUAUCCUGUAAAGUUAAUAAUCUAUCAUAAUUAUGACAUUUAUUGACUUUGUUCCUUAUCUAUAACCUCUUACUUGUAAUUUAAAUCAUGUUAAUCUAGAAUAUUUUUAUGAAGUUAAUACGUAGUCAAACUUGAAACAUAUCCAAUCAUUGUGCCUUUUCGUUGAUUUAUAGCACAGAGCUGCAUCACCAAAGAUUUAUGUAUACCUCUUAUAUAAAACGCUAGGAUUGAUAUCGCAAACUAUUAUUAAUAUUGUUAUAAUUACAGUAUGAAUUUUUUUUUCCAUUUUUGUCACAAAAAUGUAUAAACUCUUGCAAACUUGCCAUAGACCUUUUUAACGGUUGAUGUAUUUAGUUAUUUAAUCGACUUGUACACCUCAAUAACAGUUUUUGAAAUGAAUCCAAUCAUAUCCAUGUAAAGGUGACUAAUUUCAGUUCAACAAUGAUUGUAUGACUAUGAUUUUUAAAAAAAAGGACAAAUCUUUAUAUAAAAAUGUUCAGCAUCAAGACAAGAGACUUCUGGCUGUUCAAAAGGGGAAAAAAAUCUGCAAGAUGCCUUGAUUUGACCUUGCAGAUUUUGUCCUUGACGAGUGGCCAGGGUCAUCUUAGUUUAUAAUAAGAACAAGUUCUAGUCUGCUGAACAGAAAUUAAUAAAUUAAUCGGCAAAGAAUUGUAUGACUAUUGUAAAUGAUUUUGUGUGCUUCGUACAUAUUGUUAAUACAUGUAUACAAGGUUAUAAUAAAUGUAUUAUACAGAC